UAUGACUAAGUUCUAUUAAUUUUAACAAUUUUACAAUUCUGUUGUCUUUAGAGAAAGAGUUUAGAAAUCUUUACGAAAAAAGCUUUCCUAGAGUAUACAUUUCCCACCAAGUUCUUGUUUUUGGUCGAUCACUAUUGUCAUAAAACAUUGUUAUCACGAAAAUCUGCGGCUUAUUUUUGCUUGCAAAUAUUUCAUUAUUACUUCGUCUAUUAAUUUAGUAUCUCAUAUGUCUACGUUCCAUAGACACCUUCCCUGCAAUAAUGAAACAGAGGCCAACACAAUGGAUCAUAGGCUCCCUGUAAACGCAAUCACACCAGAAACUACAGAAUGGACGUGUAAAAUACAGGUAGUAGACAAGUUUUGGCCUCGCAAAAACAAUGACUCAUCCGUGCAUUUCCAAACAAUAAUUGUGCAGGAUGAAAGUGAACACCAGGUUUCUAAAAUACUCUACGGUGAUGACAUUUCGAAGUAUGAGAAUUUGUUUGGCCUUUUUGAGACAUAUUUGGUGUCAUAUGCGAAAGUCAGAGAGCCCCACAGUUAUUCAAUACGAGCGGCUACAUACGAAUGGGUGGCGGACAGAUACACAAUUGUCAAAGAGGUUACCAACAACAAUGGAUCUGAGGCACCUUUUUCUUCUUCAAUAAAAUUGGAUACACUCCCUUUCUCAGCUAUUGAAGAGCAACGUCCAGGUGUCGAAUUUGACUUAUUGGCGGUGGUAGUUAAUUGUAGUGCCAUCCAAUAUACAACUGACCAAAGCAAACACUUUCGGGAAGCGAUCGUUAUAGACCAGAGGUGCUACUUCGAGGUUAACAUCAUGGAUGCUAGCGAUAUAAUUACGGUGAUGAUCUCAGAAACGCUGGGUGAAAGAAUGUUGUCCUUAACCUCCGAACGAACAAAUAUAUGAAUAGGUUGCUGUACAG